AGGCGGUGGUUCUUGUGUUCAUAUGAGAUGGAUGAUGUUCAUUUUCUUAUCGUUUCUAAACAAAUUAUCAAGAUAAACGCGCGAAAUGCGGCUCACACGCAAACACUGGACGGUUUGCGCCAUUAGCGUUCUGCUUAUAUUGUUUUACAAGACGACAGACAUUGGCAGAAACGAAGUGCACCAGAAAACUAGUCUGACAUGGAACUUGGAGCCAAGUACUACCAGACUGAUGGCCAAUGGCUCUGAGAAACCUUUCGGCAAUGUCUUGAAUGAUCUUGACUUGGGAGUAGGAUGGAAGAUUAAUGCCACCCUUGUGUCUAUAAUAAGGAAAGACGUACUCCGCUACUUGGAUGCAGAGAGAGACGUGUCGGUUAUCAAGAGCAGUUUUAAGCCGGGCGACACCAUCCGCUACGUUCUGGACAGACGCAGGACAUUCAGCGUAUCUCAAACUCUCCACAGUUUACUUCCUGAAGUCUCUCCUCUGAAGAACAAGACAUUCAAGACAUGUGCAGUGGUGGGAAAUUCAGGCAUUCUCCUGAAGAGCGGAUGUGGAAAGGAGAUUGACAACCAUAGUUUCGUUAUACGAUGUAACCUGGCUCCUCUGGAGGGUUUUGAAGAUGAUGUGGGUUUGCGGUCAGACUUCACAACGAUGAACCCGUCUGUAAUCCAGCGGCUGUACGGGGGUCUGCAGGAGGAAACCCAGCAGGAGAAUCUCAUCCAGCGCUUGCGGCAGCUGAAUGACAGUGUGCUCUGGAUUCCUGCCUUCAUGGUGAAGGGUGGCAUGAAGCAUGUGGACACGGUCAAUGAGCUCAUCCUUAAACACAAGCUGAAAGUGCGCACAGCCUACCCUUCACUCCGCCUAAUCCACGCUGUGCGAGGGUUCUGGAUUACAAAUAAAAUCAAUAUCAAACGACCCACUACUGGAUUAUUGAUGUACACGAUGGCUACACGCUUCUGUGACGAGAUCUACCUGUAUGGAUUCUGGCCUUUUCCUAAAGACGCCAGCGGAAAUCCUGUUAAAUAUCAUUACUUUGAUGGACUGAAAUAUCGAUAUUUUUCCAAAGCGGGUCCUCACCGCAUGCCACUGGAAUUUAAAACGUUGCAAAGACUGCACAGCAAGGGGGCACUGAAACUCACGACAUCUAAAUGCACAUCAACUUAACCUGCUGCUCAUGGAUGGACACUGCGCUAAGGUUGGGCAAUGUCGACCAAUUUGGCAUCGUAUGAUGUCUAAUGUGAAACGUUGCGAUGGACGAUGACAUCGUCGUCGUAGGCGUCUGUGAAUUGAUUAUUCAUGAAUAAUUAAUUAAUUCAUAAUGAAUUAAUUAUUUGUAGCCUACCGUUUCAACUACCUGACCCGCAUGGUCUUUGUGUUACCCAUAACCAAAUCAUAAAUAAAUACAGAUAAGUUACACACAAAUUACGACCUGUCAAUCACUUUUUCCGCGGGACUCUGGCAUGAACCAGGAAACAGGAACCAAUCAACAGUAUCUGAGGUUUUCGCUAAAAUUACAAGCGUGAAUUUGAAAGAUUGAAGCAGUGUACUGACGCUGUGACACCUUAACUUAUAGAUUCAAAAGACCGAAGAGUCAUUAGAUAGACACAAGAUUAAUUAAAUAUCACAUUUAACAAAUAUAGUAAGACGUGAUUCAGCGGUACAUCCUUGAUAAACGCCAGUGUGGACGUGGAUUGUUUUUGUUCUAAAACGGCUGUUUAAAACUAAGACGUAUUCGUGUAAACGAGGCCUAAGUGUGUAGUUUUCGUGAGCGGGUUUGCGAAAGGGGGCGGGGUGGAGGAUCGCGAUGCCGGCUCAGCAUCGUGACGUCUAUCGGUGAUCGGCGAUGGACAAUGCCACAUUUACUGACUCAACUCUACACUGCACCUUUACUGUGAACAGAAGACUCAGAAAUCAGACGUUUGGACAAACAACGUGCCUUGAAACUGAAAACUGUAGACAAAGUGCAAUGUUUUAGAUGUGAAUCGUCUACUGAAUCAUCUACUGACAGAUAAACAGUUCUGUUUGGUGAAUUUAUCUUGCCAAAAAAUGCCAAAGACACUGAGAGACUGUGGUUUUAUUUGUUUUCACACGUUUAGAAAAGGGUACAGCACUGUUACUGUGGUAGUAAACUUUCAAAAUAGGGGCUUUCACACUGGGUAGUUACAUGAAAUAAUUAUAGGAACUUACUAGCCAGUAGGCCUGUUUUCCAGAGACCUAAUUUCGCCACACAUAUUUUUCUGACUGCAUUUGCAUAGUUUCUAGGAACUCUGAAAUGAUGUAAGCUGCAUUUAAUCUGUUUACCCUUACUUCAUUGUAGUUCCUGUUAGGGGUGUGCCAUAUCAUACCAUCCACAAUAACACCAGUAUACAUUUUUACAUGAUAAAAAAAUGUCAUAUGCUAUCAAUGAUCGAGUGACAUGAAGAGCUGUGGUGAAAAAUAGUUUCAGACAUCUGUACUAACAGCAAAAGGUGCUGUAGCCUAGUUUUUAACAGAAAACGGGGCUUUAGGCUGGUUUUUAACAGCAGAUGCAGUCUAGGCUAGGUUUUAAAAACAGAUGGCAAUCUAGACUACUUUUUAAAAGUAGACAGCGCUAUAGGCUAGUUUUUAAAUACUCUAGGAUCGUUUGUUUAACAGCAGAAGGCACUCUAGGCUAGUUUUAACAGUAGAUGUUGAUUUAGGCUAGCCUUUAACAGCAGACAGAGAUCUAGGCUAGGUUUUAACAGCAGACAGAGAUCUAGGCUAUUUUUUUAACAGCAGAUGUCACUCUGUGCUAGUUUUUGACAGCAGACAGCGCUCUAGGAUAGUUUUAAAUGGCAUAUGGUGCUCUAGACUAACAGCUUUAGGAUGGUUUCUAACAGCAGGUGGCGUUCAAGGCUAACAGACAGCACUCAACUGUUUUUAACAGCAGAUGGUGCUCUAGGUUGGUUUUUAACAGCAGAUGCAGUCUAGGCAAGGUUUAAACAAAAAUCUAGGCUAUUUUUUAAAAGCAGACAGCUAUACGGGCUAGUUUUUAAAGGCUCUACACUGCUGAAAAAUAAAAAAACCAGAGGGGUUUU